AUCUCAAGGCUGACCAUGCGCCUCACAGCCCAGCACCUCAGAGAGAAGAGGAAACAGCUACUGGUUGGACCUGUCUGGAACAACAGCACCAGGAGAGACCCAUUUUAGUGCCAUUUGAGCGCAAUCACUCCAGUCACGGCAGUCACCAAGCCCUGAGCACACAAGUUCCGUGGGCAAUAUAA